AUGAACAACCAGCACGGCGACAAUUCAGGUCCUACCGGGCAGGCCGGUGGUGCUUUCAUGCCAUCCAUGAAACAAGAUAUGGAAUACAUCUGUGCUGACUGUGGUGCUAAGAACGAGAUCCGCUCGAGGGAGCCAAUACGAUGCAGAGAAUGCGGCCAUCGUAUCAUGUAUAAGAAGAGGACUCGGCGAAGUACUUGCUUUCUUAGUGGAUACUCCCAGAGGCUGAAUGUUCCGACGACUUUGUAG